UGCAUUGUGGGUGCCGGUGGAAACAGAAACCAAAUAGCCGCUCAAUUACGGUUUCGUUUAUUUUGAACUGGACGCUGAAAGCUCAGCCCUUGGAUCUUUGACACAGCCAUGUCUUCAACAUCCCAGAAACAUAAAGAGUUCGUGGCUGAGCCCAUGGGGGAGAAACCUGUGAUGGCUCUGGCCGGCAUCGGAGAGGUCCUGGGGGGAAAGCUGGAGGAGAAGGGCUUUGAUAAGGCCUACGUUGUUCUUGGGCAGUUCCUCGUUCUGAAGAAAGAUGAGGAGCUUUUCCGGGACUGGCUCAAAGAUACGUGUGGCGCAAACGCCAAGCAGCAGCGCGACUGCUUCGGCUGUCUUAAGGAAUGGUGCGAUGCCUUCCUAUAAGCCCCGUUACCAAUCAUGUCGUUUUUCUAACUUGUGAAGUCUGAAAUGUACAUUACCUCUUCAGCAGUCAGUUCAGUCACAAGUAUUCAGUAGUUUUCACAAAAUAAGUAAAGUGACAUGCGCUUUUUUUAAAUGCCACUCAUUCAGAUUAGAGCUCCUUAUGUCAUUACUUUUCUCAUUGAGCUUGGAAGCCAUGCAAUAAUGGCAGCUUGCAAUGUCUACUCACUGGUAAUUUCCUUAUUAUGCAAAACUAAUGGAUACAUUUGAGUUGUAAAGCGCAGAACACCAACUUUUUCUCCUUUUGCUUGCGGGCUACUAAUGAGUCAGGUUGCAUCUGUGCUAGUUAUGCCCCAGCUAGGGCCUUUUAAAUGUUCUCACAACUGUUUUAUAAUUAUCUGAAUAAAAGAUCUGUUCAUGAAUGUCGACCUUUAGCCUGAUCACUUGGCUCUGAUAUCCCCAAAUGUAAAUUCAAUUCAUAACAUGCCGCUUUACGCUUUAUAUUCUCGCAUCUAAGAGCAAACACAAAAAAAGGGGUUAGGGUUCAUUUUGCCUCUACUGUUCAGAAAACUAUCUCUACCCACCUCCAAUUCUCAGCAUACUCGCUCCAUUUUCUUAGCAACGUUGUGCUGUAAUCCACUAGACUGCGUCGUGUUUGAAGGGUUUGGCGGAGGAUGUAGCAUUUGGCUGAGAAUAAAACUGAUUCUUCUUAUUGUAGUAAUGUAGAAAAUACUUGUAGAAGCUGCUGUUCCUGGAAAUGAAGGAACAUCACCAUCAGACUACACCGGAUAUGCUUUAAGGUCUCUGGAGCUGAAGAUGGGGAAUGUACAUGUUUAAAGACGCCAGUGCAACAAGCCUAGAUACUGUUGAGCUGUAAGCUACGUUACCAGACUUCUAAAUAAAGUGUGUUGCUGUGCUUUCAAGUGAUUAUUCACAUCCACUUUUACCUUUCAUCUGUAUAUGAAAUUAUCAGAUGCCUUAAAGCAUGCUGUUGUAUUAAAAUCUGAUAACGCUCUCGUUCUACCUAAUCUGUAUCAUGAGCAGCUUUGACCGUAGUCACUGCGGUUCCUCCGUUAAAAAAACAAAACACUGGCCCGUGUGUUUUCAUCCGAACUGUGAAAACUUCAGCUUUUCUAUUGUGUUUAUUAUAAAACAAUAAACUGCAUGUGUCACAUUCAA